AUGGAAGAGCGCGCAAAAAAAUCUUUUAAUAUAACUGCAUUGAAAGAGUGGGAAGAAGCCGGUGAACCGUUUGAGGAAGACGACGUAAUUCUAGCAUACUUAGAAUAUAAGAGAAACGAAGCCCGUAAAAAUGGCGCUAACCCUGGAACAGAGCCGGAAGACAUAACUCUAUCAAUGGCGGAGAACAAACACCUGGAAAAACAGAAGAGAUUAUUGGUUGAUAAUAUAGGUUCUUCUAAUCAUGGUAAAACCAAAGAUAGUUUUAUAUUUUCUUUUAAAAACAAGAAUAAUUUAAUGAUACAAUUUCGAGUUAAUGUGAAAAUAUGGAUUGUUUGUGCUUUAUGGUUCAGUUCUACAGCUGAUCCAUAUUUUAGUUACGAUAUUCAUGCAAGCUUCAAUUCCCGUACCUAUGCUUAUGCUACGACUGCUGUUAACAAUCUUCAGUCUUCACCGCCAAUAAUGAUAGCAUUCUCUCAGACAAAAGCUGCACUACCUCCUUCAAGACAAACUUUAGCAGCAGUAACUAAAAAAAAACAAUUCAAUUUUAUUAUAAGAGAUGGAAAUUUAUUAUUUCUAUUUUAUAAAUAA